AUGCCAUCAACCAAAGAGGAGAGUGUGUACAACAUAACAUGCCACCCGAAGCCGGAAACGGUAAACAUAACCACAACCCAGCAAGACCCCACAAGGAAACCAAAACACGAAGACAACCCCGGGAAAAAGGAAUAUAUUAUUCACAAAAUAGAAACGCGAAAGUGGAAGUAUAGAACAAAAAACCUACCUCACCACGAACAAGGUAACAAGCCCAAACCGGAACCAGGAAAGGAAAAAAAAUGA